AUGAAUAAAUCAUCAAACGACUACAAACGCAUAUUCGAAAGCUUCGAUGAAGACAGGGAUGGCACGGUCUCACCACGAGAAUUACAACAUCGUGUCGAGUUAAUAUUCCAUGAAGAAAUUUUGGUUGAAGACUUAGAAAUUGUGGUGGAAUCGUUGUUAAAUGGGAAUAAUGGAAAAUUGGGGAUGGAUGAUUUUGUAAGGUUGAUGGAAAGUGAUCAGAAAGAAGAGGAGAAACUUGAGGACUUAAAAAAGGCAUUUAGAAUGUACGAAAUGGAUGGAACCGAUUGCAUUACUCCAAAGAGCUUAAACCGGAUGUUGAAUCGACUCGGUGAGUCGAUAAGUGUAGAUGAGUGUGUUGGGAUGAUUAAUCGGUUUGAUCUUAAUGGUGAUGGUGUGCUUAACUUCGAUGAAUUUAGAGCUAUGAUGGUUUGAUAAUACUAAUUAAGUGUUUAUUAUACCUCAUUCUUAAGCUGGUCGAUCCAAAGAUGAAUAGAUUGUGUAAAUGAGUAGUUUGUGACAUUAUAUAUAGAAUUGCAUAUAUUAAUUUUUGUAUCUUCAAUUGUAUGCGUCAAUUUGUGUCAAUGAAGUACCUAAUUUGCAUCAA